UGAGCUGUGAGGAGGACGACAGCUCUGCUGGAUGGACUCUGAGGAGAAACACAAGCAAACGACAGAGGACUCAGUGUGGAGUUGAUUGGGGAGAAGGUGCUGGUUCUUCCUGUAACAUCAGUUUAGCAGCACCUCAUGACAGUGGAGUUUACUGGUGUGAGUCCAGAGAGGGUCCCAUCAGUAACAUGGUUAACCUGACAGUCACUGGUGGAUCAGUGAUCCUGCAGAGUCCUGUCCUCCCUGUGAUGGAGGGAGAUGACGUCACUCUGCUCUGUAAAACAAAGACCACUCCCUCCAACCUCACGGCUGCUUUUUUCAAAGCUGGUGUCUUUAUUGGGAAUGAGUCUACAGGUCACAUGACCAUCCAGCAUGUUUCCAGGUCUGAUGAAGGCCUCUACAAGUGUGACAUCAGCGGUCAUGGAGAGUCUCCAUCCAGCUGGAUCACUGUCACAGACAAACACACCACCACACCUCCACCUACAUCCACACCUCCAACUACAUCCACAUCUCCUUCUGUACCCUUUGUGUUGUCAUGUGUUGGAUCAGUCUGUGUUCUGGUUCUACUGGUGUUACUGGUUCUGCUGGUGAGACGAUGUGUUCACAGGAAACCUGAAGAUCGAGAUGAAGUUGUGGAAGAUGACAUCACAGAUGACAUCUUGUACAGUGAUGUCAAAAUAUCAAGUCAUCAACAUCCAAAAAAACAAAACAACGAGAUUGAUGCAGCAGUAAUCUACUCAGCAGUGAGAAAAGAAGAAAUCAGUUAUGGUCGAAUCAUAAUCAAAGACAAGAAAACCAGAUCACAGAUGAGAGAGAUUUAUUCAGCUGCAGUCUACUCAGCAGUGAGAACAACAGGCAUCAGUUAUGAACAAUUAUGCUGUGACGCCAAAGAGGAAAAGAGACUUUAAACCAGAGCCAGACGUCGUCUACUCUUCACUGAAGUAGUCCACCAGUCCAACCACUGACAUCCAGCUGCUGGUUUCUAACUGGUCCCCCCAGCACCUCAGACCAGAGGACAUCCACAUGUUGAUCUUUUCUAUUUUCAGUUUUCUUAUCUAGAUAAUUAUGAUAUUUUCAAAUUCAAAUUUCCUGUAAAAUCAUCAACAAUAAUAAACAUAUGUU